GAGUUGAGUGGCGUGUAGAAUUGUGGACUUCCACAACAAAGGGCCAAGAAACUCCGCUUGGCCACAGCAAAGCGUCCUGGGUCCCCAUACUUAAACAUGAUGGUUUAGCUUAUGGACCUCGUCUCUUUCAAAACGCGUCAGGACCCAACGAAUACUCCAACACGCGUCAUACCGAUCUUGCUUGGUCCUUAUAACGCGUCACAAUGGAAAUGAUAGACCCACCUACACUUAUGAGCAAAUUUAUGGUGCUCGCACUUACCAUCAUACAGUCGAUGCUGGCUGUCCCAGAGUGUAUGAUAGAUGCACUCCCGUACAACGCGAUCAAGGAGGGAAGAUGGAAUGAGGCGUGGGAGCGUGUGCUACAGGCGCUCGUGAGCUUCGAUGAGCCGUAUUUAGAUGCGGUCUACUCCAAGCCAGUCAACGAUGAUACUGAAUGCACAAGCAAAAAUGCCUCUAUCACACAAACCUGCAUGCCAGUGUCGGACCACCGGGAAUUCACAGCGAUCUCGGCGCCUCAUGUGAAUUUGAACGCUUCUGGACUCCAGAACCAAAAUGCAAGCACAGUGCCAGACGCCAGCUGCGCCUCUGCCUCGCCUUUGGACGCAGAACAGCGCCUUGCCUUUCUCUCUUCACCAGAAACCUCAACCACCUUUCAGCUACUUUCUCGCACAAAUGACAUGACUGGUGGCCCGGAAGCUAAACCCAUCGAAUUCGUUCCCGAGCAACCUUUUGUGGACUCCCACACCGUUUGCGAAGAAGACUGGGAAGACUCGGAGACCGUUAGUUCUCACCCUUUCGUGUGUUCUUGCUUCAUCUGUGAGGAGGACAGAGAGAAUGACACCCUCCUCGACUUGCGCCUGGAUGGCCGCAACAUCGUGCUUGACUCAUUGUAUCCUGACAUCACACCCCAUAUAGUUAUAACUCCCCCUGUCUCUUAUGCAGACGACUUUUACACACCGCACCAAAACCGGGUCGAUCCCCAGUGGCCAUGUUUUCUCAACGUGCCCCGUUUAUCCCCUCACAUGUUCUACCAUCAUUGUCCUCUACCAUCAUCCCACGAUGAACCGGCUGACUGUCCUUCAGAAGAAUUCCAUUCACAGUCCGUAGCCUCGUCAGACGACCUUGGUGUUAUUCGGCCGAGAACUCCUCCCCGCGUGUUCAGUCACAAUAAAGUUCUUCUUGCUGUCGAAGCUUCUUCAAUUGAAAGACUUGUAUUCCGCGAGAUAGUCGACGGAAUAUUCCGACAUCACCGCAAAGCUGUGGCAUUCGAAGCAUCCCUCUCGGCGUCCGCGGUUUGCGCGAGAUUCAACGAAUCAGUGGCUGCAUCACAAUUGGAACAGCCCUUCGUGUGGACUGAUCCUGCUCAGCCUAUCCUACUUGCCUGCAGAAAUUUCUCGGGCGUCUCUAUCAUAGAGUCUGACUGUCCCUUUAGAGCUCCCCAUAUCGUCAUCAUUGCGGCGGAGCCGCACGACCCGUGGAUCUCGUGGAGUAACAGGGUCGAAGACCAAGAUUAUGAGUACCUCACGGUAUAUCCCAAGCGCAGUUCGACACCUCCGAUCAAUUCUACUUCCCUUGCCACCGCCGCUGUUCCUGGUCUGCACCAUCAAGGCGACCCUGAUGACAACGGCUUCAUUCAGUCACACUCUGACCCCUCGCGGGAGUCUCAUUUGACCGGCUUACCUCCGUCCCUGGACGAAUCCGGGUGUCUUCUCACACCACAUGAAAAGGGGCGUAUGACUUAUACCGAUCACCCGCAUUCUACCCCAGACGUCAGUGAGUUUACGGAUUCAGAAACGAUGUCUCUUGGUCUCUCUAUCACUCGGUGUGAGACGCCCACGCCGGAUUCUGAUGACGAAGACGACCUCCCCCCGUUCGAUGAUUGGUACCUGUCUGUUAUCGAACGCUCUAAAGCUAUCGGCACUUGAUGUGAAACGAGCUUCUUUUGUUAAUCGUUAUAUACUUCCCGACAUAUGUUGGUACCUGCCCCGCAUGCAGUGACGUUACAUAUAUAUACCCGCAGUACUUCCUUGUAUUUUUACAUUCUC